CUGGGGAACAGGACUGCUGGCGAGAAAGAUGGGGGAGCCAGGGUCCCCAUCCCCUCCAGCCCCCAAGGUUGCCCCAGGCCUCCUUGACAGCCACUCUGAGAUGAACAACUACCGGCGGGCCAUGCAGAAGAUGGCAGAGGACAUCCUGUCGCUGCGGAAACAGGCCAGCAUCCUGGAGGCAGAGAACCGCGUGCUGAGGAGCCACCUGACCCAGGAGGAGGUGGAAGAGGAGCAGGACAACCCUGACAAGCCCCAGAACCUGGCGUCCAUGAAGCAGAAACUGCUGCUGAGUGAGCUGGAUGUGACGAAACUCAGGGACAAGGUGCAGCAUUUGCAGAAUGAGCUGAUUCGAAAGAAUGACCGAGAGAAGGAGCUGCUCCUCCUGUACCAGGCUCAGCCGCCACAGGCUGCGCUGCUGCAGCGGUACCAGGAUAAGCUGCAGAAGAUGAAGAUGCUGGAGGAGACUGUGCGGCACCAGGAGAAGGUGAUCGAGAAGAUGGAGCAGGUGCUGGAGGACAAGCUGCGGGAUAGGAACGAGCUCCCGCUGAACAGGCUGCAGGGAAAGCCCAGUGUGGCCUUCCCCAAGCUCUCAGCCCCUGGCCUUCCCCCGGGGCCUACUGGAGAGAACCUACCUGCUGACAUUUACUCAGCACUCCUGGCGGAAAACUCAAGGCUGCGGGCAGAGCUGGAUAAGAGCCGCCACCAGUCGGCCCCCAUCAUUCUGCAGCAGCAGGCCCUGCCGGUGGACCCCGGGGAGUUGGGAGCAGGAGGAGACCUGGCAGAGAGGCUGUGGGAGACAGAUGGCCCAGGCCACUCCAAGUGCACAGAGACCCUACCUGUGCAGGAUCUCCUUGCCAACUCUUCAGACAAGUUUAACCUCCUGGCCAAGCUGGAACGAGCUCAGAGCCGGAUCCUGUCCCUGGAGAGCCAGUUAGAGGACUCAGCUCGACGCUGGGGGCGAGAGAAGCAGGACUUGGCCACACGACUGCAGGAGCAAGAAUACGGCUUGGGGCACCCCUCAAACCCCAUCAUCACAGACCUGCCCAACCCCUCGACCUACUCCAAGGACCACAGGCGACCCUCAAAGCUGGACUCCUUGAUGCCCAGCUCGGAGACCAAGCUCGACACGCCCUCGAACUCCCAGAAGACCUGAGUCCCAGCAGACCUGAGUGCUGGACAGGCCCCCCUCCGUAUGCUGGGAGUCUCAUCCCGACCCCCUAAAUUGACUUUAUUAAAUGCAGUAGGUCCAUGAGCAUUCACGUCUUUCCUGGAGCAGGGCAGCCUGGGGGGCCCAGCUUCCUCCUUAAAGACCCCACUCUGGGCCUGGGCCCU